AUGAUGGGAUGCACAUUGACAGGGCAGGCUCCAAGGACUAAAGAUAAAAAAUCAGCUGUUGUAAAUCCAUUAGAUCAACAGGCGAAAGGCGCGAUCGUUGAGUUUGCGAUGCAUACAGCCGUUGAGAGGAAGUGGCCGAUUCAAAGUCGACAAAUCAUUUUAAAGGAAAUGAGCCAAAGAUCACUGAAUAUAAACGCGACAACAUGA